CUCGCCAUCGAGAAACUUCUACAGCGGCUUAAACCGACGACGCCAGCUGGAGGGCCGUUUCUCGAGUCGAACUUCACUGCGCUUCAAACUGCAGUUCUGUUGAUGAUACCUCUUGCAUCUCUUCAGACGGUCAGUCGCAGUCAAUCACGUAACAUAACAGCACUCCAACUUCGGGAUUUAAACGAGCUCUUUGAUUGCUUCUUAAGACCAGGCGAGAGGGCUUUUAUUGAUGUUCGGACAAUGAGUCCGCUUCCAAGCAAGAGAAAGACACCAGCGGGCAAUGGGCCCUCAACACCUGCCAGACAAUCUACUCAAGUAGAUGGCGACCAGGGCGAAACACAAGGUGAUCGCGCCGAGCGUGAUAAAUGCUACAACCAAGAUCAUGGGCGGUGUGUUGUUACCGGAAUUUCAAACCCUCACGUUUGCCAUAUUAUUCCAUACACGUGGAAUAAUACUGCCUAUCGACAGCAAUAUGCUCGUAGGCUUACUUUGGCACUGAUCCUUGUUUCCCACGAAAAUACCCAUCUUCACGUCCUUCAACAGGGCAUAGGGUCUUCGGAUAAAGUUUGGAAUAUGGUAUCUUUAAGCCCAUUGCUUCACUUUUGGUGGUCAAAAGGCUUUUUUGCCUUUAAGUGCAUGGGUAUUACACCAGUCGACGGCUCCGACAAUCUUUCCGAAAUCACCCUCCAAUUUCGAUGGAUGCCUCGCAGUCCAAACCCAGAUGCAAGCCGGUUCAUCAAGCUGGAGGAGCAACCGGAUGCUAACAGGGACUUUGUGAGCAAGCUUACUCACUACUAUGGUGAUGCUUGCGGUGUUGAAGGAUGUAUCGAUUGUCCUCAUACUGCUGCUAUUGCUGCUCACAAUAUCGGAACAGAUCAUCGCAUUGUUUCCGGGGACCUGAUUAAAGUCAGGCGUAAUACCGACGUGGCGGAGAGGUUUAAGUCGAUGAUUGAUAUUCAGUGGGCGCUAAUCUGCGCAGCGGCUAUGUCGGGUGCUGCUCAAGCCCCUGAACUUCUUGGGGUGGAUGAUGUUGAGUAUUACGAGAAUGACGGGCGAUGA